AUGGCUACAAUUGCGCAAUUCAAGCUUUCGAAACAAGGCGGGCUCACUCGUCGCCUGACAUUUCCUACGCAUCCUAGUUGGGCCGUUCUAUCCUCAAAGAUCAAUGAAACGUUCGGUAUUGCAACCGAUAAUAUUGGGGUGUCCUACCUUGACCAAGAUUUGGACGAAGUAACUUUCAGCUCUGAAGAGGAAUUGCAGGACUACUAUAGUACCCUCGGUGACGCUAAAUUCAAGCUUAUCAGACUUUCGGUACAGGACCUCAGCUCCCUUAGGUCCACCGAUGUAGCGCCCUCCCGCCACCAUACCGCACCCCCACAGCAAUCUCACUUCCGGAACACAUUCGGAGAACAGGAGUCGCUGCCUUUCAUUUGGGAGGUCGACGACGAGUGGCAGCGUCUCCCUGGUAGCCUUGGUAGUCUUUUCUUGUCUAGUGACUCUCCGGAGAGCCCACAUGCGUUCGUGGAGGUUCUCGAGAGUGACGUCAGUGUCUCCAAGAAGUCUAAUCACACAGACGAAGAAUACGCCAUUGGAGAUACUACCCGCUCAAACGGGACGUUUACUAUGCCUACUUCCCGCGCAGAGAAGGGCAAGUCCCGCGUCGCGAUGCAGCCUACAGUUGAAGACGAUGCUUUGUCCACCGAUUCAAUUUUCGGUGACGAUGCACUACUGCAGCCACAGACCCGUGUUUAUGACUCUGAUCAAGCUUCCACGUUUGGCGGUGAUGUCAAGUCUCCUGUCUCGGUCGAUGGGACAGCCACUCCCGCCCAGGCUCAGAGUACCCCCGUCAUUUCUGGGCAGGUUCUUCCUGAGGCUGUGCUGAAAUCCACGGAAGAUUCCAACACAGCCAUUGACGACCCUGCCCUCCCCACUUUGGGCGGCACAGGAGCAUCAACUCUCACUCAUGACGUAGCUGCCUUCUUGAAGGCAGUUUCCGGUAUCAUUUCCUCUCACCCAGAAUUAUCAGAGGGUCUUCGUAACAUCGUUUCCAAUGCUACAAAUGGGACAUACUGGACUGCGCAUCGUGAUGCACUCUCUCGCGCUGCCGAGCGUAUUCAGCAGGAAACUGGUCGGACCGUGGAAGAGAUUCAGAAUGCGGAAGAGGAGGCUAGCGCCAGGGUUGCAGAUGCCCUUGGUGGAAUUUUCCGUGUCGUCGGCGAAGCCGUCCAAACUGCUAGGACAACGACUGAGCCAUUCCGGCCACCUCCCGCUGAAGAUGUACCCACAGCUCCGGAAUCUGUUCCUGAGCCCCAGUGCUUCCGUCCUCGCGAAUUUACCACAUAUCCAGGACCUCCCCCUCCAGGUCAUUUCCACCCUCAUCCUCAUCAUCACUGGGGCGCUCCGCCGCCGCCGCCGCCUGGUCGCCGUCAUGUGUGGCCUCGUCCGCCUCCAUCCGCUCGGGGUUCUUUCGACGAGUCCCGGGAGGAGGAUAGUUCACAUGCCCAUACAUCUGUGUCUCAAGGACCUCCCGCGGCAACCCCAGUCCAUGAGCAGACGUCAGUACCUCCAUCCACAGCCGUGCCUGCGCCCUCUCGGCCUGUCACACCUGUUACACCUCAGGUUCAUAUCGUAAGCAAUGCUAGGGGCUUGUACCCCCAACUCGAGAUGUUCAGUGUCCCUAGGCGCAGCCACACCAUCGGACACACUGCACGCCGCGGCCUCGAGGACCGUUCCAGGCAGCGCAUCAUGAAGAAAUUGUCUGAGAUGGGUUUUACUGAAGGCACAUAUCCGAAACUGAACGCCAAGGUGUCGGAGCAGAUGGUCGCCCAUCCUCCCACUACUAAAGACAUUGAAGAUGACAUUGUGACUAACUUGAUUGAGGAGCUUAUUCCUUCCUCUUUUGCACCUCGGGCUAGCAGCUCCAGGGAGCCCAUCCCUGGUGCUUGGGCCUAG